AAUGUGAUUUUGAAAGAGUUAACCAGUGGAAAAAUUCAAGAUGGCUAAGUCCCCUUUCGUGAAUUCAAUGUUGCAAAGUCUUUCGCAGGGCCAUGAAAAAGCCUUUCAACAAGCACUCUACACGACAGCAGCCAAUAUUUUUGUUCUACUUGCAGGAGGAUCAGCUAUCGCUGUGUAUUUUAUUCUAGAAGCUUUCCUCCGACCUUUGUUGUGGUCUGUGUUGUGUGGAACAUUUUUGUACCCCUUCAAGCGUGAAUUGACAGCAAUACUAAGACGAUGGUUACGUGGUUUACAAGAGUCGGGGACACCUUUUGCUAUAGGAAUAGCAUAUUUACCAAUACAAGCUGUUGACUAUACUUAUGUUAUGAUGUUUGAUCGUACUAUUGUUAGACACUGGAAAUUACUAUGUGGGGGAAUUAUAAGCUUGUUUUUGAUUUAUAUAUUGUGGUAUUUUGGCCCAGUAAGAAGUAUACUGGAAAUGUGUUAUGCAGUAUUUAUUUUUGUCUCUGAAGUUCUGGAUUAUUUUACAUCAUUUUGGGUAUGGACUCUUGUGGUUGCAUAUCUUAUUGUGGUCAUCUUUCUGUGGAAUGCUGAAUCUAAGAAGUAUUUACGUCUUUUGUCCCUGCCUAUCUGGGGUGUGCUUAUUCUUCACAUAGCCACCGUAGCUGGGUCUCUCCGUGUCCCACUCUUUCUGUUAAUUAUUGGAUUGAUUGCCACUGGAUUUGCAACUGAAGUAAAAGAAAUAAAGAGAAGAGUAGAAGAACAAGGACAGAGUAUAUCUGAUGUGUUGGCUAUUUGGACAGUAUUUACUGGUGACUUGGAGAGAGCCCUACAACAAGGACAGGAGUCUGAUACUGACCUCCUGGACUCGUCUUCUGAGAUCUCUACUGCAGAAAGCUUCGAGGAAACAGACAAAAGUCAGAAAUCUGCUGGUGUUACAAAACCAACAGACCUGCCACUCCCUAAACCAGAAUCCACCACCCCAAAAGUUAGAUCCACCAAAAAGAAGACUGUACGAGUUGUGGAGGAUAAAGGCCCUGGUAGCACUAUAUACUUUGUAUAUUUAUUUUGGGCCCUCGUACUCACCCGAGUCUGGAUGAACAUCUGGUUACUUCAGCUACUUGUCCCUUUGUUAGGCCUCAUGUGGAUUUUUAAAGCUUUUGUACACCAGCUGAAACCUGGGGGAUUUUUUGGAGAUAAGGUGGAAACUUGUAAGACAGCAGUCAUGGAGUGGUACACCGCUAGAAAAGACGUGUUAGCUCCUAGAUGGGUGAUUGGUCUCCUGAAACUCUUUAGCCGUGGAGAUGCUAAGAUGAUGUCAAUCUUGGAUGGAUCUAUGGACAAGUUCACCAGUAUACUGUUUAUAUUCAUCCUACUUAUUGGAUCCACUCUCUUCACUAUCUUCUUUGCUGUGCAGGUUCACCAAGAGAGCAUGCACCUUUUCAAAAUCUCCAGUAAUGUACUCAACAGUACCAGGGAAUAUGGAGAGUGGUUACCUAAAGGAGAGGACAUGCAGGUGGCCAUGGAUUCCAUGGUGGGCAAUGCUUACUUGUACGGCAGAAAAUGGAUUGCAACAAAGGUUCAUGAAUUGGUUGGGGGUCAAGAGGGAGCCAACACAACAAAAAUAGAAAGCAAAGUACUAGAGGUUUGGGAUAAUCUCUACCACAGCUGGCUGGCAAGGAUUUCAGAUACGAGCCUGUGGCUCAAUCGAGCGGGUGCGUCCAAUCACAGUGUGGCAAAACCAAGCUUUCAAAUCGUCCCUACUGAGAUGCCAGACUGGAGGUCAAUUUAUGAGUUUGGGAUGCAGGGAAAAAGUUUCAAUUAUUCCCAAGUGAUGGAAUUUGUUAAAGACAACAUUGGAACGUUUGUAUCUGUUUUGGAGAAUGUUUGGAUGGUACUUAAGGGUAACAUGAGUUUGAUGCUCAGUAUUGCCACGGCAGCCUUGUCAAUCAUCUUAGGUGGAGGGACAGCCAUACUGAACUUUAUCAUCUCAGCUGCUAUUUUCCUGACCACUCUCUUUUAUCUGCUGGCAUCAAGUGGGAAGCAGUUUAAACCAAUGGAGUGGAUUUCUGGCCUUAACCCUCACCCCUCAGGCAGUAAAUUCAGCCUGGCUGUAGAGGAGGCUAUAGGUGGUGUAUUCAUGGCAUCCCUUAAGAUGGCUGCCUUCUAUGGACUCUACACAUGGUUGACACACACACUAUUUGGUAUCAACAUGGUGUUUAUCCCAUCCACCCUGGCAGCUGUGUUAGGGGCUGUCCCGUUUCUGGGUCCGUAUUGGGCCACUCUUCCUGCCGUGUUAGAACUCUGGUUGAUUCAAGGACAGGGAAUUAAAGGACUGAGUCUUUUUAUCUGCCAUAUCCUGCCAUCAUACUUUGUAGACACCAGUAUUCUAGGAGAAAUUAAAGGUGGUCAUCCCUAUAUGACUGGUCUGGCUAUUGCAGGGGGUAUUUACUGGUUAGGGUUAGAGGGAGCCAUCAUCGGUCCCAUUCUCCUGUGCUGUUGUAUUGUGGCUUACAAUGUUUAUGGCUCUAUGUUGACACCAGGUGGUGCUGCAUUUCCAGGAGGACUCCCAGGGGAUAAAGUCACAGUUAGCCAUUCAAGAACCACAGGAAGCCUAAACCGAUCUGUGAGUGAACACUUUUCUUCCUUGCCAAGUGAUGUGACAUAAUGAUGCUUGGGUAUUCAGGACUAAAAGUUAGUUCACAGAUGCCUUUUGUGCCAUUUUAAAAGUUGGAGAAUAGACAGCUGGAUAGAUCUCCUAUCAAACAACAACCUGUUAAGGACAUUGUCAUCAGAUGUCAUUUUCCCUGAUUUGGUCAGCCCCACCUCUUAAAAGUUUUGCCAAAAAAGUGUUCGCACUUAUUGACAGAAAAUUUAUUUUUAAUGUUUUUCUUAAAAUGGGUAAUUUUCAAGUCUUCAUGAGGAAUAAGUUUUUAUUCAGUCCUUUUAAUGAUUGAUUUAGAUUGGUGAUGUACCUAAGUCUUCACAAUGACUCUUGCCUAUAGUGUAUGCAUCAUUUUUAGCUCACCUCAACGAAGUUGGGGGAGCUUAUGUAAUACCCUCGGCGUCCCAGGUUAAGGUUUUUGGAGCAGUUUUCUUUUCAAGUACUUCUAUGGCCUAUAUUAGUCAGAGAUGCAUGGAGGAUGCUUCUAGUGUGUUUCAUUGUACCAGUCAAGGUUUCAGAUGCUACAAUUUCAGCUAAAGAAUGACCAGGUUAAUGUUUUUGGAGCAGGUUAAAGUUUUUGGAGCAGGUUAAAGUUUUUGGAGCAGGUCUCAUUUCCAAUUAACUAUAAGCCCUAUAUUGACUGAACUUGCAUGGAUGAUACAUCUAAGGAUGCACACUACUGAACUUGCUUCGGAUGCUGGAUCUGACCUACAUUUUCCGGAUGAGUGACUAGCCUAAGGUUUUUGGAGUAGAUCUCAUUUCCAAGUAACUAUAAGCCCUAUAUUGACCAAACUUGCAUGGAUGAUACAUCUAAGGAUGCACACUACUGGACUUGCUUCGGAUGCUAGAUCUGACCUAUAUUUUCCGGAUGAGUGACCAGGUUAAGGUUUUUGGAGCAGAUCUCAUUUCCAAGUAACUAAAAGCCCUAUAUUGACCAAACUUGCAUGGAUGAUACAUAUAAGGAUGUACACUAGUGGACUUGUUUCGGAUGCUGGAUCUGACCUAUAUUUUCUGGAUGAGUGACCAGGUUAAAGUUUUUGAAGCAGAUGUCAUAUCCAAGUAACUAUAAACCCUAUAUUGACCAAACUUGCAUGGAUGAUACAUCUAAGGAUUCACACUAGUGGACUUGCUUCAGAUGCUGGAUCUGACCUACAUUUUCCGGAUGAGUGACCAGAUUAAAGUUUUUGGAGCAGAUCUCAUCUCCAAGUAACUAUAAGGCCUAUCUGAACCAAACUUGCACGGAUGAUGCAUCAAGGGAUGAACAAUCUCAAAACUUGCUUCGGAUGCUGGAUUUGACUUACAUUUUCUGAAUGAGUGACUAGUUUUAAGUUUUCGAUAAGUCUAUUCCCAAGUAACUGCAAGCCCUAUUAGACCAAAAUUGCAUAAAUGUUGCAUCUAGGGAUGCACACUCCUAGAUUAUUAGUUUAGUGUGGGACUUUGCCUUACUUAAAGACAACAUUCGUUGAGGUGAGCUUUGUAAUCUCUGAUUACCUAUGUUUUUUUUUUUUUUAUCAGAUCAACCUAAAAAUUGCAUUCUGAUGUAAUUUUCUCAAAUUUUGGUUGCCCAUCCUUUUAAGUUUUGCCAAAAAGUGUUCGCACUUAAUGACACACAAUUUAUAUUUUUCUAUCAUAUUUUUAGGUCACCUGAGUUUACUCAGGUGAGCUAUUGCUAUCUGUUUUCGUCCGUCGUCGUGCGUCGUCCGUCGUGCGUUAACAUUUGAACAUUUUCAGCUUCUUCUCUGGAACCACUGAACCAAUUUCAACCAAAUUUGGCACAUAGCAUCUAGAUGUGAAGGGGAGUAAAAAUUGUGAAAUUCAUGACCCCUACCCCCCUGGGGCCUGAGGGGUGGGGCUAAAACCAUCAGAAUUAAUGCAAUCUUUAAAAAUCUUCUUCUUUACUCCUGGGCAUCAAGCAGGCAAACUGUUGGCAUGAAUGUAAUAAGCAUUGAGACCUCUACCUAAAUUGUGAAAUUUAUGGCCCCAGGGUCAGGGGUUCUGGUGCUAGGGUGGGGCUCUGUUGAAUAUGUAGUGAAAAGCAUUAUUCUUAAAAAAUCUUCUCCUCUGCUCUUUAGUAUUUAGAAAACAAACAAUAUGCAUAGUUAUGAUGAGGAAAGGUGUCUCUUCUAUAAUUGUGAAUUUCAUGGCCCCUGGGUCAGGGGUUCUGGUGUUAGGGCGGGUAUCUAAUGAUUAUAUAGUGAAAAUGCAUUAAUUAUUCAAAAAUCUUCUCCUCUGCUCCUGGGUAUUAAGCCGAUGAACUAAGUACAUAGUUAUGAUGAGAAAGAGUGCCUCUUCCAAAAUUGUGAAUUUCAUGGCCCAGGGGUCAGGGGUUCUGGUGUUAGGGUGGGGCUCUGUUGAAUAUAUAGUGAUAAUGCAUUAUUUCUUUAAAAAGCUUCUUCUGUGCUUUUGGAUAUUAUGAAAACAAAAUAAAUAAAUAGUUAUGAUGAUGAAAGGUGCCUCUUCCAAAAUUGUGAAUUUCAUGGCCCCAGGGUCAGAGGUUCUGGUGUUAGGGCAGCGUUCUGUUGAAUAUACAUGUAUAGUGAAAAUGCAUUAUUUCUUUUAAAAAUCUUCUCUGAUCCAGGGCAAACAAACUGAAGGCAUAGUUAUGAUGAAUAAGGGUGCCUAUUCCUAUCUUGUGAAUUUCAUGCCCCCCUGGUCAGGGGUUCUGGUUUUAGGGUGGGGCUCUAAUGAUUACAUAGUAAAAAUGCAAUAAUUCUUUGACAAUCUUCUCCUUUUCUCCUGGGUAAUAAUCCAAUGAACUACGAGUAUAGUUAUGAUAUGUAAGGGUGCCUGUUCCAAAAUUGUGAAAUUCAUGGCCCCUAGGUCAGGGGUUCUGGUGUUAGGGUGGGGCUCUGUUGAAUAUAUAGUGAUAAUGCAUUAUUUCUUUAAAAAUCUUUUUCUUUGAUCCUGGGUAUUUAACAAACAAACUGAUGCAUAGUUAUGAUGAGUAAAGGUGCCUCUUCCAAAAUUAUGAAUUUCAUGGCCCCUGGAUCAGGGGUUCUUGUGUUAGGGUGGGGCUCUAAUGAUUACAUAGUAAAAAUGCAAUAAUUCUUUGAAAAUCUUCUUCUUUUCUCCUGGGUAUUAAGCUGAUGAACUAAGAGUAUUGUUAUGAUAUGUAAGGAUGCCUCUUCCAAAAUUGUGAAUUUUAUGGCCCAUGCAUCAUGGUUCUGGUGUUAGGGCAGAGCUCUAAUGAUUACAUAGUGAAAAUGCAUUAAUUCUUUGAUAAUCCUCUGCUCUCUUUCUGGGUAUUAAGUAAGCUUACUAAAUGUAAAAUUAUGAUGAGCAAGUGUGCCUCUUUCAAAAUUGUGAAUUUCAUGGCCUCUGGUUUAAAACAUGAAUCCAUUGUGGCGAAGUUAUUGCAUGAUACUCAGGUGACCUAUAAGGCCCGUGGGCCUCUUGUUAAUGUAUUAAUCUGGGUAAUUUAUUCAAGUCUUUACAAUUAUUAUUUUUUUCAACAGUGUGUGCAAUAUUAUUUUUUUAAUCGGCUUAAGAGGAAAUCAUUAACAACAAUGCUGUGGAAAUUUGAUGCUUUGUAAUUAAGGAAAUCCUCUUAUCCAUAGACCUAUAAUGAGUAAGAAAUCAUUAUAUAUCUGUAAAUGUACACGUCUCCUAUCUUUAUUUAUUAUUCUAGUCAUUAUCCUUUUCUGUCCACGUAAUAUUCCUAAUUAAUCUGAUGAAGACUCUAAUAUUUAGAGGAGGUGAUUACUUUGAAGAUGUUAUUAAGAUGGGAUAAAGCUAAGUACACAGGUACUCACAGGGUCUACAUGUUUGUACAGUGGAUUGUUUCAUCAGUGGAAAGUCAAACUUUCUGUGAAUUUUUUUUUUUUAAUUUUAUUUAUAUUAUUUAUUUUUGUUACUGUUUAAAUACAUGCUGUUAUACAUUUUAUGUGUUUGCUUUUAAAUCGUUCAGUUCAUUAAACAAAUAAAUUUUUA